UGGCUCUCGGCAGCCUCGGAACUCGACACACUUGAAGGCAGAGACGCCUGGAAAGAGCAAGAGAAAUGCGAUGAAUAUGACACAGUCUUGCUCAAAGCUCGACUACAAGAGCUGGAAGAUGCGCGCAUCAGCUGCGACACAAAGCGCAUGCUGUUUCUGGCGCGAACAUCCUUGACAAGAGACCUAGGAGGCAUGGGCGAUUUACGCUUGUACAAGCAUUGCAGGGUCGGCACAAAGAGUCUGAUCGAACGCUAUAUUUCGGCUGCUCUGGAAAUGCUCGAGACCAUUGUCGACAUGUGCUCGCCUGCAAACAAGAGCAAUACCGAUGUGGAUGUGAGGGAAGUUUACGAGCAGCUUCUUAGCGCUAGACAGGCCUUUGGAAGAAGUGCGUUGCUGCUAUCAGGAGGUGGUACACUCGGCAUGAACCACAUUGGAGUGCUCAAGACGCUGUUUGAAGCCCGUUUGUUGCCUCGGAUCAUCUCGGGUGCCUCGGCUGGAUCCAUUGUAGCAGCCGUGCUGUGUACCAAGACCGAUGAUGAGAUACCACAAGUCUUACGCGAAUUCUGCUAUGGCGACCUGGAUGUGUUUGAAAGAGAAGGAGAGCCUGAGAAUGUCUUGAAAAAGGUUUUCCGGUUCUGCACGAAAGGCGCUCUUUUCGACAUUUCAAACCUCAUACGCGUCAUGAAGGACCUACUCGGAGACAUGACUUUCCAGGAGGCUUACAACAGAACGAGACGAAUUUUGAACAUUGGUGUGUCGACCGCCAGCUUGUACGAGCUACCGAGGCUACUCAACUACAUUACCGCUCCGAAUGUCAUGAUUUGGUCUGCGGUUGCCACGAGUUGCUCCGUUCCGUUGGUUUUCUCGCCGGCCCAACUACUAGCCAAAGACCCUCGCACUGGACUAGAAGUACCGUGGGAUCAGUCACCUCAACGCUGGAUUGACGGUUCAGUCGACAACGAUCUGCCUAUGAGCCGCCUAGCAGAGAUGUUCAACGUCAAUCACUUUAUCGUUUCUCAAGUCAAUCCUCACGUUGUACCGUUCUUGGAGAGAGACGAUGAGAUCGCCGCAUUUGGAUCUCAGUCCUCGAGAUUUUCCUUGUCUGCUGGGCCGAGCUGGCUUCGCAAUGUUGCCAAUCUCGCAAAAGGAGAGGCUCUCCAUCGGAUGCAUGUCCUUUCUGAACUUGGCGUCUUACCGACUACUAUGUCCAAGCUCCGUUCAGUACUCAGUCAAAGAUACUCGGGCGACAUUACAAUUCUGCCUGAAGUCUCAUAUACACAGUUCCCGCGCGUUCUCAAGAAUCCGACAACUGACUUCAUGUCUCGCGCCAUGCUGAGCGGCGAGAAAGCAACUUGGCCAAAGUUGUCACAAGUUAGAAACCAUUGCGCCAUCGAGCUGGCUCUCGAUACUGCAGUGCAGAAAGUUCGUUAUGGACUCGUCUUCUCACCUAGCCAGAUCGACCUCCGA